AUGUCGGACGCUGAUGAAUACCCAGCAAUGAUGGACAUGCACGCACGCUGCGUGUCGAUCAUCGCGAACAUGUGGGGUGCUCAGAAGAGCGAGAAGGCCAUUGGCAGUGCGACUACCGGAUCAAGCGAAGCCAUACACCUCGGUGGACUCGCCAUGAAGCGCCGCUGGCAGGAGAAGCGCAUGGCAGAGGGAAAAGACACUUCCAAGCCUAACAUAAUCAUGGGCGCCAACGCACAAGUCGCCCUUGAGAAGUUCGCUCGUUAUUUCGAGGUAGAAUCUCGCAUUCUGCCCGUUAGCGAAGAGUCUUCAUAUCGCCUGGACCCCAAAUUGGUGAAGGAGAACAUAGAUGAAAACACGAUCGGCGUGUUCGUGAUUCUUGGUUCGACUUAUACUGGCCACUACGAGCCAGUCGAGGAGAUCUCCAACAUCCUGGACGAAUUCGAGAAGAAAACUGGUCACGACAUCCCGAUCCACGUCGAUGCCGCAUCUGGUGGAUUCAUUGCGCCGUUUACUCACGCAAAAGCUGGCCAGAAGUGGGACUUCGAACUGCCUAGGGUCAAGUCAAUAAAUACUUCGGGACACAAGUUUGGUCUCGUAUAUGCUGGCGUUGGCUGGAUCAUCUGGAGAGACGAGAGUUACCUGCCCAAGCACUUGAUCUUUGAGUUGCACUACCUCGGCGGGACCGAAGAGUCCUACACGCUCAACUUUUCGCGACCAGGAGCUCAGAUUAUUGCCCAAUACUAUAACCUGAUUCAUCUAGGCUUCAACGGAUACCGUGGAAUAAUGGAGAACGGGCUCGCCAAUGCGCGCCUAUUGAGCCGGGCGCUGGAGCACACUGGGUGGUAUCGAUGCGUCAGCGAUAUUCACCGCAAGAAGGGUGACUUGAAAUAUGUACCAGGUAAGAAGCAGUACGACGAAGGAGACACGAGCGCAGACUACAAUGCCGGUCUGCCCGUCGUUGCGUUUGCCCUCACCGAUGAGUUCAAGAAAGAUUACCCGCACGUGAAGCAAGAGUCUGUCUCCAAUUUAUUGAGAGCCAAGCAAUACAUUAUUCCUAACUACCCGCUCCCGCCUGGCGAGGAUAAGACCGAGAUCUUGCGGGUUGUCGUACGCGAGAGCUUGUCUCUGGACAUGAUUGACCGGCUCGUAACCGACAUCUGCGCAACCACGGAGCUGUUGAUGAAGACCGAUGCCGUCGACCUUGCAGCAUUCCAGCCAGGCGCGUCUGCUAGCGUCGAGAAGACGCAUGCCAACAAGGGCUUGAAGAAGGAGCACAAGCACAAGGCCCAACGUCCCUCGAGUGAUGGGGUGUACCGCACAGUGUGUUAA